AUGAGUUCUCUCUUUGUUAAGUGCAUGGUUUGCCAACAAAGACCAGCCACUAUAAAGUGCAAUUAAUGUUAAUUGGGCUAAACUUAUCGAUUGUGUUACAGUUGCGAUUCUUAAGUACACAACAAAAACAAUCCAUCAGAAGACUAGCAUAAAACUGAGAUUAUCCCAUAUCAAGGUAUAACUAUCUUUUUUAUCAUAAGAAAUGUAUCAAAAGGCAGGAUCUGCCUCAGCUUUGAAAGAUUCUUCCUUGAAAGUAACUAUUUAUUUUUGAAUUUUUGUAGUCUAAACCUGAAUAGUAAUAGCAAAAACAAUAACCACAAGGUAUAGCAAAACCUUAAUCCUCGGCUUCAUCUAAGCAAUUCUCGAACAACUUUAAAUCAGUAAAGCCUGAUGUACCUUAAAAAGAAGAAAUUUUGAAUAAUUAAAAACCUGUUAAAGAACCUGUUUAAUUGGUUUAAUAGUAAUCCUUACCCAAUAAGUUUACUAACAACUAUAUUUACCCUUAAUCUUAAACCAAACAAAAAGUAGAACCUAAAUAAGAAGAGAUCUAAAGGCAAAAUAAUUCUGCAUCUUAUAUGAGCAAUUAAAACAAUAAACUCAAAGAGCAGAUUUAAGAAGAAUAAGAUUAAAAUAAUGAACUAAGGAGAGAGAUACAGCAGACUAAAGACUAAAUUAAAAACAUCAAUAGUGAAAUCGAUAAGAAAAUGUAUAUUUUUAGAAUAUUUUAGAUAAUAAAAUUCAAGAGAUUUUGAAAAGAAAAUAAAUGACCUAAAGAAAGAAAGCACAGAAGAGAAAAAAAAAAUAACUAAUUUAACUGAUGAAGUAAUUUUUAGUUUAAAUCAAGGUUAAAAAAUUAACUGAAUAAGUUAAAAGUGUGGAUCAAUAAACCUAAAAAAAGUUGGAUAAUUAAAAAAAACAAUAUGAAAAAUAGAUCAAAGAUAUGGAAUAAGUAAUCAACGAAAAGUAGCAAUAAAUAGAUGAGAUUGCUGAAGAAUUUUAGAAUUACAAUUUAGAGGACAUUUAGGCUAAAAUGGAUGAAAUGGCUAAUGAAAUUGAAGAAAAGGACUAAAUUAUAGAAGAAUUGAAAAAUUAACUGGAAUAAGGAGGAGGAGAAAAAAGGGAAGACAAUGAUGAAUUAAUACAAUAACUUGAAUAAAAGGAUGAGGAAAUUAAAAAGCUAGAAAACCUAAUAGAAAAUUUCAAAUAAUUAUAUUAAUAAAUGUAAGAUGAAAAGUAAGCAAUGAUGGAAGAGAAUGAAAAAUUACAAACUGAAAAUAAUCAAUUCAGAGAAUUGUUUAGUGUACAUUUUAUAUUUAUUCCAUAAGUAAAAUCUUCAUCUAUUUGGUAUUGAUCCAAAUCAAUUGGAAGAGGAAGAUGGGGAAGGCGAAUAAGAAGGAGAAGGAGAACAAUAUGAGUAGGAUGAAGAAGGUAAUUUUCUUAUUUAUUCUAGAGAAUUGA